GCACAGAUACCAAAAAUGCGCCAAGUUUGACUCAGGGCGAAGGUGGAAGUGGUACCCUCCCUCCCCUAUACCCUUUGGCGCCCCACUCCCACUCCCUCUCUCAAGAAUUAUCCAGACUCCAAAGCUGGAUUCCUCUCUCACUAGCUUGAUAUAUACAUGAAGAAUUAGGAAUCCCAUACGUCAAAUCAGCUACCGGAAGACGAUGGAGAAUCACUAUGCAGGACAAAAGAUUUCAUCGCCCUCUGCAGUUUUUCCAAUUUCUGGGACAGCCUUGGAUCAUUUGUGUAGUUAACUGAAGUGGGUUUUCGGAAUCUUGAGUUUGGUGGUUUGUACGUGAUGGAUGAUGAUAAUUUGAUGGAUGUGGAUUUAACGGGUCUUGAUUUGAAUCGAGAACCGGUGAACCUACCUCUUCAUAGGGUCGCAAGAUACGGGUCCUUGAUGAAUGAGUUGGACAAUACUCAUGAGAGGAUAGAGGAGAGGAUUCGGCAACUAGAGGCUGUUACUGCUCGUGCGAGGCAGCGGCAGCGGUGGCGUCAAGCAAGAAAUUCAAUGGAAACUAGUUAUGUUCCUAGUGAAAUGAUGGUGGAUGUGGGUGAGAGAGGUGUCCUUAAUGAAAAUAAUAACAGGGAAAUUGUGGAAAGGACUGCUGAGAGGGGAAAAGGUUGUAAAAGGGAUAGUUCCCAUUUGGUAGCAAAGGCCUUGGAGAUGGAUCCUGAGGUUAAAAAGGCUAAUAAAGAGGGUGGGAGCUUUUAUGAUUGUAACAUAUGCUUGGAAGAGGCAAUGGAGCCUAUCCUGACUUGUUGCGGUCACUUGUUUUGUUGGUCGUGCUUUUAUCAGGUACCAGAAGUUGAUUCUACAUCUAAAGAAUGUCCAGUAUGCAAGGGAGAGGUAUCAGAUAGCACCGUGAUUCCAAUUUAUGGAAAUGGAGGCAGUAAAGGUGUGUGUGAGACGGAAACUGGGUUGAAGAUACCUCCAAGACCCAAAGCUCGUAGAGUUGAGAGUGUUAGGCAACAACGCUUGACACAGGGUCUGUCCCAUGUUCCUGUUGCGGAAGCACUUAGGCGAAUUUGGAUUAGUAUUGGUGCAAUGGGCAAUCAAACACAACAACAAGAUGGUGGCGGUGGUAUUCUUAAUAUUGAUGCAUCUCAGGAGGGGCAAAAUGCAGAGUCGGGUAGUGGCCACCACAUAAGGAUUCAUCAGGUUUCAAGAGUCUUAUCUGAAAGUGCUGCUUCUCUUUCUUCCCUUUCAUCUGCUUUAAGUAAUGCAGAGAGGCUGGUUGAAGACCUGGAAACAGUUAUUAACAGCCGGCUACUACGAAAUGAUACACGAGCUUUCUCAGUUGGAAAUCGUUUUGCUAGGCCUUCUACUAUCAUACAAUCUAUGAAUCAGCCUCCAGAUUCAACUGCAGAUAUCAAUGCUGCCUUGCCCAUUGGCUCAUCUUCCCAAUCAACUGAUGUUUCUGGUUCUAUCGUACAUGUUAUGGCAAUGAGGACUUCUGGUGAUAUCAAUAUGCCUGUGGCCCCUUCUUCUUCUCGCCCAAGAAGAAUCAUUAUGUCAAGAAGUUCAGAUAUAGACACUCGAGAUUCUCGUGAAUCUAGGAGAAGAAGAUUGAACUGACUGCUUCAGUUAGAGUUUGAUCCCUAGUGCUUAUAUUACCUGUUCUGCUUACCAAUAGACAUCGUUUGUAAACAUCAUUUUUAUAACUAGGUUUGUCUACAAUGCAAUGUUUUUUUCAGAACAAAAGCAUAUAAUUCCUGUUCUGACUAUCAAGCUGAGCCAUGACUCUUUUUCGUGGUGCAUCCUCACACAUGAAUUCUUAAAAAUGUAGGGGUUGUGCAUAUAUCAUUCUCUUU